AUGCCAAAGACAAUCCUCAUCACAGGCGCAAACCGCGGUCUCGGUCUCGGCCUCCUAAAACUCUACCUCCUCCUUCCAGACCACACCGUCAUAGCCGCGGUCCGCAACCCCGCACAUGCAAGCAGCACAGCGCUCUCGUCUCUCCCCACAGCCGAAAAAACCUCCCUCAUCACCGUCAAGCUCGACGCUACCGUCGAAGAAGAUGCCUCCGCCGCAAUUCGAAUUCUGCAAGAGAAGCACGACAUUCAGAGGUUAGACGUUGUCAUUGCCAACGCGGGAGUAAGCUACGUGUGGCCUAAACUUAAGGAUGUGAAGAUCGAAGAUAUGAAAGGCCACAUGGCGCCGAACGUGUACGGCGUGGUGUCCUUGUACCAAGCUACGCGGGGGCUUCUUGAGAAAAGCGUCCAACCUUCUUUUGUCCUGAUGGGCAGUCAGGCGGGGGUGUUGUCGAACUUACCGCCCGUUCCCAACGCCGCGUACGGCCCUAGCAAAGCUGCGGCGCACUGGUUGAUUGUUCGCUUGCAUGCUGAGGAGGAGUGGCUUAAUGCGUUUGUGCUGGAUCCGGGGUGGGUGCAGACGGAUUUGGGGCAGGCGGGGGCGAGGGGUUGGGGUUUGAGAGUGCGCCCUUGA